UAUUAACCACUCGACCCAUCACUAACACCCACACCCCCCAGUACAACCAAGAUGAGCAACACUACCAUGGCUACUUCCACCAUCCUGCUCUUCCUCCUCGCCGGCCUCGCCGCCGCCCACGGCGACGGCGACACCACCAUCCGUCUCCCCAGCGACGGCGCCAAAGCAUCACGACCACGCGCCGCCAAACCAUGGGACUGCUGCGACAACAUCGAGAUCUCCCGGCUAAUGAUCUACCCGCCACUGUACCGCUGCAACGACGAGGUGAAGCAGUGCGCCGCCGCCUGCAAGGAGUGCGUGGAGGCGCCCGGCGGCGACUUCAACGGCGGCGCCUUCGUCUGCAGUGACUGGUUCUCGACGGUGGACCCCGGCCCCAAGUGCACGGCGGCGCUGGAUGGGCUGUCGAUGGAGAGGCCGUGGAAGUGCUGCGACAACAUCAAGCGGCUGCCGACGAAGCCCGACCCGCCGCAGUGGCGCUGCAACGACGAGCUGGAGCCCAGCCAGUGCACCGCCGCGUGCAAGUCGUGCCGGGAGGCGCCGGGGCCAUUCCCGGGGAAGCUCAUCUGCGAGGACAUCUACUGGGGCGCCGACCCGGGCCCCUUCUGCACGCCGCGGCCAUGGGGAGAUUGCUGCGACAAGGCCUUCUGCAACAAGAUGAACCCGCCGACCUGCCGCUGCAUGGACGAGGUGAAGGAGUGCGCCGACGCGUGCAAGGAUUGCCAGCGCGUGGAGUCGUCGGAGCCGCCUCGCUACGUCUGCAAGGACCGCUUCACCGGCCAUCCCGGCCCCGUGUGCAAACCCCGAGCGGAGAACUAGCUAGCUACAGAUGAUCGAUGAUCGAUCUGUGUGUCCAUCAAUAAAACUCGCCCUAGCUUGCAGCUAGCUGAUCGUUCGUUCGAUCAUUCAGAGUUGGUAUAGCUAGAGGCUAGAGCUUAGCUCCAUCCAGAUUUUUCAGUGCUCUGCAGCUUUUGUGCAUCUUGCAUGCUUUGUUAGUUUGUGUGCUCCAUGUGUGUGGGUGUGUUUGUCUCUGUUCGCUUGUGUGGACCAUGAGGAAAAAUAAAAUAAAUAUGCAAUGCAAGCGUGGAUAUGUACCCAUGUUGAGUUGUCUCAUCAUAAAUAAGAGAUGAACGAGCGAUAUUUACCUA